AUGGUCAUUCCAGGCCCAGAGAGUCCUGGAGAUACAAUUGAUAUAUUUCUACAACCGUUGAUAGAUGAAUUGAGCGAGUUGUGGAACAUUGGAGUAGUUACAUUUGAUGCAUCAAUUUCUCAACAUUUUACUUUGCGUGCUGCUUUAUUAUGGACAAUUAAUGAUUUUCCGGCUUAUGCAAACUUAUCUGGAUGGAGUACAAAAGGAAAAUUAGCUUGUCCAUGUUGUAAUAAGGACACUUUAUCAAUGAGAUUGCAAAAUGGUGGUAAAGAGUGUUAUAUGUGUCAUCGACGUUUUCUUCCAUUGGACCAUAAAUGGCGUGCAAAUAAAAACUUGUUUGAUGGUAAAGCUGAAAAGAGAUUGCCACCUAAAUCUUUUUCAGGAAAAGAUAUUUUAAGUCAAGUUCAGGAUUUGGAAGACAUAAUUUUAAGUAGGGAUAUUACUAAGAAGACAAGAUUAUAUCAUGAGAAACGAGGCGAUAAUUGGAAUAAGAAGAGCAAGACUAAAGAUAAUCUUAAAACGCGUCUCGAUUUACAACUCUUGAAUAUAAGACCUGAAUUACAUCCUAUUGAUAUCGGAGGUGUUCUUCAGAUUCCAGUUGCUCCUUAUAUGUUAUCCUCCGAUGAAAAAAAACAACUUUGUUUAUUUCUUAAACAAUUAAAAAUGCCUGAAGGUUUUUGUUCAAACCUUGCACCUUGUAUAAAUGUUGAUGAUAAAAAGUUUUCGGGUUUAAAGAGUCAUGAUUGUCACAUCUUACUAGAAUAUCUUAUUCCUCUUGCAACACGUGGAUUAACUUUGGAACCAAUAUAUGAAGCUCUUGUUGAGCUAUCAAUGUUUUUUUCUAAGUUAUGUUCAAAAUCACUCAAGAUGGAGGACUUGAAACAACUUGAAACACAAAUUCCUAUCACACUUUCAACGGAAGCUAUACUUGGGGGACCUGUUCAAUAUAGAUGGAUGUAUCCAAUUGAACAAUAUAUGGGUACAUUGAAAUCAUAUGUUCGAAACCAAUCCCAUCCCGAGGCUUCAAUUGUUGAGAGUUAUCUCACAAAUGAGUGUAUCAGUUUAUGCUCAAGAUAUUUUGACACAUCAGAUUGUGGAUUAACUGAAAACAAAACUUCUCUUUCUAUAUUCCUUUCCAUAGAAGAUUUAUCAGGAGGAGUAGGAAUUAAUUUGGAUCGUGUUGAUCGAAAAUUGGCUCGUAUAUACGUAUUAAAAAAUUGUGAAGAAGUUGAACCAUUUUACAAUGAGUAUUUGCAAAAACGUAUUUCUAGUGGAAUGGUUUUGUCCGAAGAGGAAUGGGAUACCCAAUAUAUUAAUUGGUUCAAAACAAAAGUCGAAGAGUUGUACCGAGAAGAAAAAAGUCAGAGAAUGGAAGAUUUAUUAUCUUUGGCACGGGGUCCUUUGGAGUAUGCAAAAACAUUAGUAUGUUGUAAAGUAAAUGGGUAUAAAUUCAACACAGAAGAGCACGAUGAAGGCUUAACGACACAAAAUAGUGAUAUUUAUGUGGUUGGGAACAAUGGCAUAAAAACUAUUGACUAUUAUGGAGUGUUGACACAUAUUAUUGAAUUGCAAUAUCUUGGUGGAAAUCGUAUUGUGCUCUUCAAAUGUAGGUGGUUUGAUGUUGAAACGGAAAGGGGAAUCAAAGAAGAUAAAUAUGGUUUUGUGAGUAUCAAUUGUCAAAGAAUGCUGAAAUCUAAUGAACCUUUCGUUUUAGCCACUCAAGCAAAACAAGUGUUUUAUGUUAAAGAUAAUACCUCAAAAGGUUGGCAUAUUGUUACAAAAACAAAUCCACGAUACUCAUAUCUCUAA